AUUUUUACUUACUUUUUGUUGUUCCAAAUAGAGAUAGCUAGAAGGGCCAUGGGUCAUAUUAGAUUGAUGCCACAAAAAAAUGUGAGGACCCGCAGACUCCCGGCCAAGUUGUCAACCCCCCCAUACUUCUAAAACCAAAGUUGCGCCCCUGCUUGAAUAUCUAUUUUGGUGACUGGCUAUGGACACCCGUUGAAGCGCGCGAGSAGGUUGGAUGCAAUUAUUCAAUGUGUAAAUGUAUUUUGCAAUGCUCGCACACGUACCGCGGUCGGUUUCUAAUGAAAACGACUCAAAAACGAAACAGAAAGUAAAAGCAUCCUAUUUGGUUUGAGUUUCACUUUAUUGUAGCGAUGCGACCAACGACCAACAGCUACAUUUGCAUAAGCUUGUACAGCUGAUGGAAGCAGAGGAAGAUGUCCAGACUGUAUUGACACAGGAGACCCAUGAGCUGGCAGACAUUCUGGGCUAUCAAGAUGAUGCACUUCUCGCCAUACUCUAUGAAAUGAUGGACAGCAGAGCGCGGGAACGGCUCAUGCGCCCUGCCAGCCACAGAGAACGCAUCCUGGAGUUGUUGAGUUACUUCAGGACAGCAGACCCUGCUAUUUGCCGACAAUUUCUUCAAAUGGUCUGCAUGCACUGCGACAUGCCAAUGCGUCUGGAAUCUCGACUGAUGUCUGUGGCCGGGUCUGUGACUAGUGAUCCUUGGCCUACACCGGCAAGAGAGACCCCAUCCCUCUGUGAUCCAGAAGAAGUCAUUGAAAACAACAGCCAUACCCUGGUUGAUGAGUAUAUACCAUCUCAAGGUUGGUGUGUAAAACGCCCACGAAUAGACCACGUAGAAAGCUACAAGGCUGCUGUGAGGAGAUUUCUACUGCAGAGGUGGGAGAGGGUAAUGCAGGGUGUGGUGACGGAGGUUCGCCUGGAAGAGGCCUGGGUCAGUCUGCGCCACAGAACCCAUGUUAGACCCAGAGACAGGGCUGAUGGAGCUCUGAGCCCCUCAGAGCUUCUGCAGGGGGAUGAGGAGGGGACUGUGGAGGACAGGGUGACUGUUCACGCCCUCCUGGGUUCAGAAGCCCAGGUCACACUGCUGUUAGGCCAGGCAGGGUCAGGGAAGACACUACUGAUGCACUGCCUUGGCCAGAAAUGGACACAGGGCGCCUUUCCCUCCUUUCACCUACUGAUCCUGCUAGAGUUCCGCCAGCUCAACCUCGUGGCUCGGCCGCUCUCUCUGAAGGAGCUGCUCUUUCGCUUCUUCCUACCACCAGAGGGUGGGGAGGAGGAGUGUACCGCUGUACUUGACUUCAUCCUUGAAAACCCUGAGAAAAUAUGCUUGAUCUUUGAUGGCUACGACGAGUUUCACACUAAAAUCACCCACUCAGGGAAACUGAGCAGCCCAUUUGACCCACUGUGCCCGCUCCCCAUGGCAGAACUGAUCUCAGGCCUGUGCAGUCGCAGAAUCCUCCCAGGAUGCACUCUGUUGAUUACCUGUAGGCCUCGGGAUGUGACAGACUUGGAGAGCUCUGUGGACUGCAUUGGGGAGCUGCUAGGCUUCAACCAGCGCAGUGUGAAAGAAUAUGCUGAACAGUACUUCCAGGACAAGGGUCUGAAUCUGAAGGAGAAGGCAGUGAGUUAUCUAUUGGCCAACCACCACCUCCUCACCAUGUGUUACCUGCCAGCCCUCUGCCAUAUCUGCUGUGUGUGCUUGGACCACAUAUUCUCCAGUGGUGGGUCUCAGCUUUUACCCCAGCUUCCAAACACCCUCACCCAGGUCUACCUCCAGAUCCUCUGUGCCUUUCUGAGCCGAUGCCCAGGGAGCAGCACACCCCUGUUGCAGAGUCACAGGGCAGAGGUCACACUGCUGGGCCGCCUGGCCAUGAGGGGCCUGGAGGGGAGCAAGAUCGUGUUCUUGUCUGAAGAGGUUCCACCAGACCUGGUGGACUUCGCCACUAAGGCUGGUCUCCUCUCACAGGUGGACCUGACCCAUGAGGAUGGAUCUAAAGGUCAGGGCUACACAUUCAUGCACCUCACCAUGCAAGAGUUUCUGGGCGCGCUACACAUCAUGACCAGCGAGGACAUCACAGAGGCCCAGCUCAGGAAGAAGUUCAACGUCAAGACCCGCUGGACUACGAAAUCAGACCCCAAGACGGUUUUCACUGACUCCCUCCAUCUGUAUGUUUGUGGGCUUGCUGCACCAGCCUGCUCCUCUUACCUGCUCCAGCUUGUUCGGGGAGUGGGGGCUGUGGGGUGGGUGAAGAAACGCCUGGCACUAGUUCGCAAGUUGCUCCGAAGCCUGGCAAUGAGCACCAACCUGACUGGGCCGAAGGUGGUGGAGCUGUGCCACUGUGUCCAGGAGACCCAGGAUGCCCAGCUGGCCAGGGAGAUGGUGGGGUCGCGACCCUGCUUUGAACUAAGGAACAUCACAUUGAACCCUGUUGAUCUGGAUGCCCUGGCCUUUGUCGUCUCGUCUGCUGGAGUGGGCAUCGGGUUGGACUUUGGAGCCUGUUCUAUGGAGCUGGAGUGUCUCGAUAUUCUACCCAGCUGCCAGCACAUUGACUUUCUAAUUUUUCGAAGCCGUAAGUAUGAUGACAGAUUUGCAGAUAAACUUUCUUGCAUCCUUCCCAGACUACCAACCCUGAAAAGAUUUGAGUUUAUCUGUGGUAACCUCACUGAUGUGGGAGCUGCCAAACUUGCCAGAGCCCUAGAGAGCUGUCCACAGAUCACAGAGCUUAAUUUCAGUGACAACAGCCUGACAGACAGAGGAGUCAGGGAGAUYGCUGACAUCUUUCCCAAGCUGCCCAGUCUGGCCUCUGUCUCGUUGGGGAGGAAUGGCUGCUCUCUGGAGAGUAUCUACAUCCUUCUAGAGAAGAUCCCUUCCAGCCCCUCCAUCCAGGGACUCUAUGCUGAGGGAAUGAAGGACGUCAGUGUCCUAUUUGUCCCAAGCUUAGACAUGAAAUGUUCUAAGGAUAAAACUGGACUGACUGUCAGCCUGUUGAACUGCAGAUUCACUACUGACCAGAUGAACAGACUGUGUCAGUUGCUAGCGAGAUGUCCUGGUCUCUCUGUCCUGGAUCUCUCAGGAGGCGACUUCAAUGCUGAUACUCUCAAGGCCCUGACCGACUCUCUACAGGAGCUGAACGUCUCCAAACAGAUUGUUCUGAAUGAGAUUCCCAUAUCUAUUGAUGGGCUGAUGGUUCUGACCAGUUUCCUGUCUGUAUGUCCUGAUGUGGUUCAAGUGUACAUCAGCCUGCAGGAGCCUGUGCGGUCGUCCAUAUUUUUUGCUGGGGGGAUAGAGAAACAACAUCCUGAGAUGUCUAAGAAACUUUGUCUGAUUGGCUGUGCUCUUCGUCCCCCUCACUUGGACCAUCUGUGUGAGAAUCUGACGGACUGCUCUGCUCUGACUCUGCUGGAUAUUUCCAACAAUUCUCUGGGAAACAAAGGUCUAAAGAAGUUGUUAGACCUCUUACCUCAGUUUAGCACCAUCCAGGAAAUCAAUGUCAGUGAGAAUGCAGUCAGCAUGGAAGGGGUGGUACUGCUAGCUGACACGCUCUGCUCACACAGGAACAUGAGCGAAGUGAAUGUCAGUCAUGGGGGGAAGAAGCUGUUCCUGAAAUUCCAUUCCAGUAAAAGAAUACAAUCAGAAGCACUCAGGACCUCACCAGAUAUGGAACAGGAUAAGAAACUCAGUCUAACUCACAGUGAUAUCCAGCCCACUGACAUGACCAGGCUGUGUAGAAGACUGGUACAGUGUCCCGGCCUACUGAAGMUAGAUUUCUCCCAUGGAUCCCUGAAGGACGAUGCCAUUGAAAAUCUAUUGAAUAUCCUGCCUAAGAUGACAUCUCUUCAGCUGCUCAAUAUGAGCCAUGUCCAGAUGUCUACGGACGGAGUGUUGUUAUUGGUCAGAUCUCUGAUAGACUGUCAGCGUGUCAGAGCUGUGGAACUCMGGCCCCAAGGAGAAGCGUUCAUCAAAUUUGUCAACAUGAAAGCAGAACAAGCAACUUGCAGACUCACCCAGUACACACUGAGCAGUGGGGAUGUGGAGAAACUCUCUGGGAUCCUGGCGCAGUGUCCUCAUUUGUCUGACCUGGAUUUAUCCAGUAACCUCCUGAGAGACGAGGGAGUGAAGAGCUUUGUGGAUUCUCUGCCAAGCCUGCGGAUUGCCAGCUCAGUGAAUCUUAAUGAUAACAGACUGACCCAGAUGGGGGCGCUCUACCUGGUGAACACAGUGACGACCUGUGAGAAGGUGGCUGCAGUUGAAGUCAGUUUGGGAACUGAGGAGAGGUCGCUCAUCCGCUUUGAACAGGACAGUGACUGUGGCAAAACUCUGAGUCUGAGAGAGUGUCAUUUUGGGGCUGACCAUCUGCAGAGACUUGCAGAGAUUCUGACACGCUGUGCUGCUCAGUUGGUCAAACUGAGGUUAUCCUGUAACACCCUGCAGAGAGAAGGCCUACUGGCUCUGCAGAACAGCCUGACUACCCUGUCCUCAUUACGCACCCUGGAGAUAAGAAACAACGGACUGAGUGUUCAGGUGAUUGAAGACUUGGUGAAGCAGCUGAGGUGUGGUCACGUCCAACGCUAUAUCAGUAUUGAGGAGCCAUGGAUCACAGCAGAAGCAGCUGUAAACCUGGUCUCCUGCUGCUUGAACCUGAACCCCAACAUACACACCAUYAGGGUAAAUAAAUCCACUGUACACAUUACUUUGGACGAAUGCCAAAAUCCCACUGCUACCAGUGGUGGCACUUCUACAGACAUGUCUGGCUCUCUGGCUACCGUGACCAUAAGCCUGGUAGACUGUGCAGUGCAAGGGCACCACCUAGUGUCUCUGCAGACUGUGUUUCAGAGGUGUGUUCUGCUACAGGAGCUAGAUUUGUCAUUGAACAGCAUUGGUAGAGUGGGAGCAGAGUUGCUCUGCUCUGUCCUACCAUCCUUAGCUAGUCUGAGGAUACUCAGUCUUGAAUCAAAAGARACCUCUGAAGAUGUGGUAUUGCUCCUUGCCGAGGGGUUGUUGCAGGCUAAAAGCAUUGAGAGCUUAAAUUUGUUUGGUCAUGUGAUUACUGACAGAGGAGCUGUAGCUCUGACCAGAACACUCCAAAACUUUCCUCGUCUCAGAACAAUCAAUCUGUCCCUCUGCUAUGGUUGGACACCAGCAGGGGCCUUGGAGCUGGUGAGAGGGCUGGGACAGUGCCUCUCUCUGGAAGGGAUCAGCCUUGACUCUGUACAGCUGGAUGAGGAGAGCACAGUGUGCCUGGCCCAAGGGCUCCAUGCUAUGACCUCCUUGAAGAGGCUGAAUCUGAAUAAUAAAGUUACCAUGGUGACUGGAUCCCCAUGGGAGGGGGCCACUCUGGUCCUGCUGGCCUCUCUGGAGGGGCUCAGAGGGAUGGAGGAGAUAGAGUUGGAGGGGAUGAGGAUGUCGGAUAAAGGAGUGGAGGAGCUUAUCAAACACCUGCCCACCUGGACAGGCCUGAGGAAGAUCAGCCUGUCAGGAAACUGCAUCAGUGACCAAGCAGGAGAGAGGCUGGUCCAGGCCCUGACAACCUGCACAGCACUGGAGGAGCUCAAUCUGUCCAGGAACAAUCUCAGCCUUGCCUGUGCUGCCAAGAUGGGACAAGUUCUGCCCACUCUCACUCACUUCAGGGUUCUAGAUCUCUCAGAGAAUGAGAUUGGUACAAAAGGAUCUGUCAGUAUCUCCAAAGCCUUGAUCUCCAUGAAGUAUUUGACAAAGAUACACUUGACCUCCAUAGGGACUUCAGAGCUUGCUGGUCUGGCUGACAGCCUGGCUCACUGUGUCUGUGCAGAGGAUGUCAGUUUUGCGUGGAAUGAUUGUGGAGAUGAUGUCGCAGUGAAGCUUGCCGAGGUUUUACCACAAUGCCAGAAGCUAAGGAGACUUGAUCUAGAGUCUAACAGKAUCAGCACUAUUGGAGCAGAGGCACUUGCCAGAAGCUUACAGUCUUGUCCAUCAGUUGAAGUGAUCAGACUGUGGAGGAAUGUUAUUUCUACCAGUGAUGCCCAGAAACUGAGACAGAGAGAGAAGAGGCUCAACUUCUCCUCCACAUAGUCUAAGAUCUAAKCUCACUCAUUCAGUGUGUCAGCAGAACAGUAAAUUUGCACUUUUGUUUUAUGCACUUAAAGUUGAUUUUGUUUACAUGUCAUCAAAUUCAAACAAACAAUAAUAUCAUCCAGGAGGAGGAGGAACAGUGAACCUUUAUUCCAACCCUGGUAAAAGGAUGUAACAGAUGAGAGAAAUCUCUAUCUUCCUUCCUCUUCCUGGACAAUCAGCUCAUAGUCUCUUUCCACUUUCGUAUUUAUUUCUGGAUUGAUUUUUGAAUCAGGAAUUUAUUGAUUGUUUGUUUUGCUAAAAACAAAUGUUCACCUCAGGUCGAAAGAGUGAGCAAAUGACAAACUAAUAACUCAAGUUUAUGCUUCAGGUKUUCCCGCUCUCUAUCUUGGUUUGUAAAACUUGAACUAUUUAUGUGAUGUUGAUCUCUCCCCAUAUGUUAACUAAGCAUUGAGGUAGAGUUGAAAUAUUGUUUUUCUGAUGGAAACCACUGCUUGGUGUGAUUCUUAUUUCUUACACUUUAGUAUUAGKUCUCUUGCACUGCUGGAUUCUAAUGUCACUGCUCAUGUUUCACUUAUGUUAUUAGAUGCAUUUCUGCUCAUCUGCUAAUUUAUUUCUUAUUCCUCAAACUUGUUUUUGUAAUGUUCAUGUUUUAAUCUCACAUGCACUUUGGUCUAAUAAAGUGUGAGACGUCUUUUUUCAUAUUCCAUGUAAAUAGUGAUUUUCUUUAUCUGAACAUACCUCUAGAUGGCAAUACAAUUUCAUAACAGGAGGUUGUAUUGUGAAUCAGUAGGGAAAAUAAACUGGGUGCCUUCAUUUGAAA